AUGGGGACUGUGAUCUCGGCUUUCUUGCAUGUGUGUGGUUGGAAGGUCGAGAAGGGUAGAACAUUGCACGGGCUGGUGAUGAAACUUGGACUUCUCAGACAGUUGAGUGAUGCGAGGUUGUUGUUCAAUGAGAUGCCUGAAAGAAAUGUAGUUUCAUGGAAUGUGAUAUUGAAUGGAUAUGCAAAGGCAGGUUUCCUUGAUUCUGCUAGAGAUUUAUUUGAUAAGAUUGAUGAUAAAGAUGUGGUUUCUUGGGGUACUAUUAUUGGUGGUUACCUGCAAUUUGGGAGGUUGACUGAGGCUUUGUCCUUGUACCUUGAAAUGAUCCGUACAGGUGUAGGUUCAAAUGAUGUUAUGAUUGUGGAUAUGAUUUCAGCUUGUGCAGAAGCCAGUGCCUUUACAGAGGGUCAACAGUUCCAUGCUGUAACGAUAAAGAAGGCCUUUGAUUGUUACGACUUCAUGCAGACAACAAUAAUUCAUUAUUAUGCUGCUUGUGAGAAAAUCAGUUCUGCAUGUUUGCAGUUCAAACUUGGAAGCAAGCUCCAUAUCGCAAACUGGAAUGCUCUUGUUUCAGUCAGGGAAGCCAUGGUUAACCAGCGAUUGACCAGGUCACCAGCAUAUAGUGGAGUUGUAUGA